CGUCUGAUGCUAGAACAUGGUCUGGUGCUAGAUUGUAGAAUUGAGUCUCCAUUUCUCUGGAUAAAGCUCCUUGCAGCCUAUUUGAUAUAAACUGUUUGGUAAAUUAUUUUGACUGAACAAGCAUUUGGUGAUUGUGAGGAUUAGGUUGUAAGCUAAGGCUAGCCUGACAGCCCUGGAGCCCAUGCGCACCCGAGUCAUCCGAAACGAGGACUUUUCUGAGGUUGGGGAAUCGAGAAUUUGCCAGGUAGCGGAUUCUUGGGUUUUUACUACCUCCUUAGCCCCUGGUGAGUUGAAGGAUACAUCCAAAAUGUUCUUAUUUAGGCUCUUGUGACACCUGUUACAAAGAGUGUAUAUUGUCUUGGGGAAAGUAGACAUGAGAUAUGGCCCCUAUUAUAACAUUUAUUAUAGGAGAUCCAACACUUUCAUGACUUAUGGAGAUUUUGGGGUGAGGAAAGAGGUGACUCGUCCACAUGCUUGUGUUUCUCCUCUCUGAAGACAACUUUUAUUGUUUGCAGAUAACAGUUUAUUAUAAAACUCAGCUCCUGAGUUGGGGAUAGCUGUGACUCCUUGUAAUUGAUCAGGGAGCCAUUAUCUUGUAACGUUGCAUUGUUGUGUGCAGAUCCAUCAGGAGCUGUUCUUUGGAGGAUGCCUUUACCUGCCAAUUGUCUAAGUAUGGGAUGUCAGCCAUACCUUGCAUCAUUAUGGAGCCUGUCAGAAACAUUGCACUCUUGGAAACACCCUGGGAGCAGAAAAAAAUCCUGAAAGGCAGAAAAGUGAAUUGCAGAUGUAGAAUGUGUUGGAAAAAUUAUGUUAUAAGGAUUUAAAAGCUUGUGUGCAGGGGCUGAGGUUUGCAAAUAAAGGAAGUUCUCUGACGCUUCCUCAGCAACCCCUAGAAAGGAACUUUUUUGUGGUAUGGUAACCAAUGCUUUUUGCUUCUAUGGUAAUAACUGGCUGAUUAAGGAGAUGCCAGCUAGCAUCCUGUCUAUAUGACUUCACUUUGAUGACACCAUCAUCUGUGUUUGUCUACUUAUUGGCAAGCAAAUAAACAAGUUCCUGCUUGAAAUUAAGAUGACUUGGUAAAAGAAAAACUUCCCUAACAACUUUGAGCCAUAAGCCAACAUCCUCUGUCUUCAUCCAGACGUGGGCUGGAAACCGUGCACGGGGAUAUCUCGGACUUUUAGAUGAAAAGACCUCCUGCUGAAUUGCCAUUAAACAGAGGCCAGUCCACCUGGACUGAAAUGAGGUGAUGGAUUUGUAGAUAUAGUCAUUGGAAAAUGGGAUAAGUUUCAUCUGAAUUGAGGAACCAUGGAUAACAAGGUCCCAGGAGCAGUCGGGAAUGGGGAAUCUUUUCCAGUGCAGCCUUUGAUGGAGAAGGAGCCUCAAGAUGAAAGCGGCAAACAUAUGACAGAAAGGGGUCAAUGGAAGAACAAGAUGGAGUUUGUGUUGUCAGUGGCCGGAGAGAUCAUUGGACUGGGCAAUGUAUGGAGGUUUCCAUACCUUUGCUACAAGAAUGGAGGAGGAGCCUUCUUCAUUCCAUAUCUCAUCUUCCUUUUCACCUGUGGAAUUCCAGUCUUCUUCCUAGAGACAGCACUGGGGCAAUAUACCAGUCAGGGAGGGGUCACAUCAUGGCGUAAGAUCUGCCCCAUCUUUGAAGGCAUCGGGUACUCAUCUCAAGUCAUCGUAAUUCUGCUGAACUUCUAUUAUAUUGUAGUCUUGGCAUGGGCAUUCUUUUAUCUCUUUAAUUCCUUCACAUCUGACCUUCCCUGGGCUUCCUGCAACAAUUUAUGGAACACAGAGAACUGUAUAGAUUUUCACAAGAGCAACAGCACUCACAACAUGACAAUAAAUGGAACAUCCAGCGUCAUUGAGUUUUGGGAGAGGCGAGUACUUAGCAUAUCAGAUGGCAUUGACCAGAUAGGGAGCCUACGUUGGGAGCUUGCUCUGUGUCUCCUGCUGGCCUGGAUCAUCUGCUACUUCUGUAUCUGGAAGGGGGUUAAAUCAACUGGAAAGGUUGUUUACUUUACGGCAACUUUUCCUUACUUGAUGCUGAUUGUUUUGCUUAUCCGAGGGGUCUCAUUGCCUGGUGCUCUGCAAGGCAUUCAGUUCUACCUGUACCCAGACCUCAGCCGGCUUCAGGACCCGCAGGUCUGGAUGGACGCUGGAACACAGAUCUUUUUCUCCUUUGCCAUUUGCUUGGGAUGUCUGACAGCAUUGGGAAGCUACAAUCAAUAUCACAACAACUGCUAUAGAGAUUGCAUCGCUUUAUGCUUUCUGAAUAGCGGCACAAGUUUUGUGGCUGGAUUCGCCAUCUUUUCCAUCUUGGGUUUUAUGGCAGAAGAGCAAGGUGUGCCAAUAUCGGAGGUGGCAGAAUCUGGUCCAGGUUUAGCUUUUAUUGCCUACCCCCGAGCUGUGUCUAUGAUGCCAUUCUCUCCACUGUGGGCCUGUUUCUUCUUCAUCAUGGUCAUUCUUCUGGGUCUGGACAGUCAGUUUGUGUGUGUGGAGAGCCUGGUCACCUCUUUGGUGGACAUGUAUCCCAGGACCUUUCGCAAAAAGAACCGCCGUGAGCUACUUAUCCUGGUUGUCUGCAUCUUCUCCUUCCUUAUUGGUCUUGUCAUGUUGACAGAGGGUGGCAUGUAUGUGUUUCAGCUAUUUGACUAUUAUGCUGCCAGUGGAAUGUGCCUGCUGUUUGUCGCCAUCUUUGAGACCCUCUGCAUUGGUUGGGUAUAUGGUGCCGAUAACUUCUACGACAACGUGGAACAUAUGAUUGGCUACAGACCCUUGCCCAUUAUCAAAUACUGCUGGUUGUUUAUUACUCCUGCGGUGUGCCUGGCCACCUUUAUCUUCUCACUGGUGAAAUACACUCCUCUUCAGUAUAACAAGCGUUACACUUACCCCUGGUGGGGGGAUGCUGUGGGUUGGCUGCUAGCACUGUCAUCUAUGAUUUGUACCCCACUCUGGAUUUGUUACAAAGUUUCGACAAUCAAAGGACCUAUUGUAGAGAGAUUUCGGCAGCUGACAUGCCCAGACCCAUAUCUGCCUCAGAAACCUUUACGAGAGCACCAGACACAACCGAUGACUGUAACAAAACUAGAUGAAUCACAGUGUUAGGACAUACAGCUAUGUGAUUUACACCGUCGGACCCAAGUCUGGAGCGAAACCAUUGUAAAUACAUAGAGAACCCAUGAUGGUAUCAAAUGCAUGUAUGACCUUAUUAACGUUCAGACCUGAAAGAGAUUUUCAGUGUGGAGAAAACCCAUGAGACAAGUCCUUUCUUUUUAGUGACUUGCCACAUUUUCUCUCAGCGAAUCUGGUGAUAAAACCAAUGGAAACUCUAUUAGUAGAGUAUAAUAGUAUAAGAUUUGAUGAGAACAGAAGAAACGGCAUCUUAACUGCAUUUGUGAGGAGUCCAUGUGUUGUGAUCUCCAUUAAAAUUCUAUACAAAAUGUUUUCAGCUCUGGGUAAACAUCUGGUGAUGUACCGUUUCGGACAUUGGUGAAAGUCUUAUUUCACUGAAUCUCAACAGUAUUAUUCUCAAACUUCAGUUUUCUUGUCAGAACCUUGAGAAGACCAACCAUGAUGUAGAUUUGAUUUUUGUUCAUGAAUUUUAAUUUCUCUUAUAUCCUUAGUUACAUUGCUAUGUUCUUUGAGAAGAUCAUCCCUCUAAAAAAAAAAAACUCAACUCAAAAAUUCUACAUGGUGUAUCAACAACCACUUCAGUGAACAGUGGGAGGAAAGUGGCAUAGAUUUAGUUGUGCAGACGUUUACGUCAAUGCAAACUUUCUAUAUUGAGAUUUCGUUUUGCAGAUGCGACAUAAGACCUUUUCCCUGGCUUCUCUAUGUGAAGAUCGUUGUUUGAAAGAUCACCUCAGAGGCCCUGGUUACUGGGUGUUAUCCUGACCUUCCAAUGGAUUAUAUGUGAAAUGAAUUAUUAUGGAAAAAGUGCAAUUCUUGAAAUACGGUCAUAAUACAAAAUGUAUGACACUUAACAGUGCCAAUAUAAUAAAGUA